CAGAACAAAACAGAAACAUAACCCUAAUUGUACAUUUCGGUGUUGAAAGGAGCAGCAGCUCAUAUUUAUGAAAAUGAUGGGGACGAAAGGAAAGAUUUCGAUGUGGAAGACGACGAAAGAGAGGACGAGGUUGAAGUUUUUGGGACUUGGAGGGAUAAAAUGGAAGAGAUUGAAUUUCAAGAAGAUGUCGUUUUUGGAAAAUUUGAGAUACAAAAUCAUGUCUAUCAUCGAAGCUAUGGUUUUGGUAUCUAAGCUUGCUUUCUUCUUUCUCUGUUGCGGUUGUAGAUUCUAAACAAAGUUUAGUUUUCUUCUUUUUGUCAACUCUGUUUUUUUUUUGUUGUUGUUGUUGUUGUACUAUAUGUAUAGUUUUAUA